UCAGUGAUAGUUAACGUGAUGACAAUUUAAUGUUUUUUAAAUCUUAAAAAUUGACAUUUUUGUUAAAUUAUGAGUCUGAACGAUGAUGUUAGCCUUUGGUUAUUUACUAAUGCAAUUAAAUGCUUUUGUCGCUUACUCCAUUGCUUUUUUUAAUUAGUUGGUAAUCCUGAAUUUGGGAUAUGAUAAUGGUGGGAAAUUCAUAGAUGGACCGGCAAUCUAGUGAGACUUUGAAUUCCUAAAACAUCUGAAAAAAUAAUUGGUAUAUAGUGUGUGUGUAACAAUCUAUGCAUGUAUAUAUAUUUUUUCCUUUAAAACAACAUCCAUUCCCAAUUCAUGGUUACUUGUUACAAAUCUUGUAAUCAUAAUUUAUGAUUCAUAAAUAUUAUUUUAACAAUUUUUAAUGUGACAUUCAUAAAAUGCAUUUGCCUUAAUGUAUUACCUAGUACUAAAAAAUUUAAGCAAUGAGUUCAGAAAACUUACCUAGUAAUUAUUGUAAUGAUGAAGAAUUUGACUGGACUAAAUAUCUUAAAACUCGCUGUGCAGAAGAAGUACCUGAAGAUUUUUUUUAUCAUGUUUGCAAAAGUGAACAAAAUGGAAUAGAAUUGGGGUCCAUUUUGGAAGUUGAAAAUGAAGAUGAUUGUGGAUAUUGGUUUGCUAAUGUUGUUUUAUCAAAAGGAAUUUUAGUAUGCUUACGCUACUAUGGCGAUGAAAGUGAUACAAAUGAUUUUUGGAUAUUAGUAAAGUCUCCACGUUUACAUUAUUUAAACUGGGGAGGAGAAAAUGGUAAAAAAUUAGUUCCUCCUCACCCAGACAGAUUUAGACGUAUCAAUCAUAAAUUAAUGAUGAACAAAGUACAAGACAGUGAAUACUUAGUAUCUAAAAAUGUGUUACAAUUGGAAGGUGCAGCAAUUUAUAAUAUAUUUAAACCAGGCAUGUAUGUUGAAAUUCAAGAUAAAGACUACCCUUAUAGAGUUUGGGUUUCGAAGAUCCUGAAAAAUGUUGGUGGACGGUUGCUCUUAGAGAUGCAAGGCAAUUUAAGUCCAGAAAAGAAACCAUUUUGGAUGUUUUAUUUAAACGAACGUGUAUUUCCAAUGGGUUGGGCAGACCAAAAAGGCCUUCCUUGGAGAGUAAUAAAUUCAAAUGUUGAGUUAAAUGAUACAACCGAUUCUAGUGUGUUGUUCAAUAUUUUAAAGCCUACAGCACCAAAACCACACAAUUAUAAAAUAGGACAGGUAUUUGAAGUUUUAAAUCCAUACUCAUUGAUGGUGUUUCAUGCUGGUAAAGUUGCAAAAACAUAUGACAACCGUUAUUUUAAAGUUGAAGUUGACAAUGAUCCUGAUGUUGAUAAGCGCUUUACUUUUGUGGCUACUAAAGAAAAUCCAUUAUUGUUUAAAGCAGGUUGGGCAAGAACACAUAAUUUUAUGGUCAAGCCACCAUCUAAUUGGGAAUCAAAAAAGCCGUUCAGUUGGUCUCAAUACAUUGAAAAUUUAGAUUGUGACAUAGCUGACAUUGAUAAUAAAUGUCGUCGAAAUAUUGAUGGUAUUAAAGUAGGGAUGAAGUUUGAAGCUGUUGAUCCUAUGAAUUCUGAUAAGAUUCGAAUUGCUACAGUUAAAGGAUUCGCUGAUCAUUGGAUUUAUUUUACAUUUGAUCGAUCCAAUUGGCAUCAACAAGUGUUACAAGUACGUUCUGUUUAUUCAGAUGAAAUCUUUCCGAUUGGUUGGUGUAAAAAGCACAAAUAUAAAUUAAAUACGCCUAAAAGUUUAUAUUGUGAUAAUGAAACCUAUAAUAAUUAUUACUAUGAUUCUGAUUAUGAAAUUGACUUUGAUAAUAAGACUGAAAACCAUGAAUCUAAAUACCCUUAUUUUAAAGAAAGUGAUAUUGUUUAUCAUUAUAAAAAUUACAAGGAGUUCAUUGAAUGUAACAUAAGUUUAGAGAGAGUUCCGACAAAUGCAACUCCUGAAGUAGGAAGCUCUUCGAUAGCACCACAAGGUGUAAUAAUUAAAACUGAAGUACCCGACAGCGAUGAUACUGAAUAUGAGAAUAUUGUUCAUUUUGAUGAUUCGGUUAUGAUGCAAGAACCUCCUAAUAUGCCAACAAAUUAUAAAACAACAUGUGAAUCAAAAGUCGUAUCAAAUAUGAGCAAGAACAUCUGUAUAUACUUUAAUAAAGAUUGCUAUCCUGGAAAUAAUAUACAAAAAAGUAAAAUUCCUAAAAUACCACACAUAAUUGGACCAGGGUCUCCAUGCAAAGUAUUACAGCAGGCUAUUGGUAUUUUUGUCAAUCUCGACUAUAAUCCAUGGGUUGCUUUGAGAAAAAUUAAAAACAUACAGCAUUUAAUAUGUGGUGAUCUGGAAGGUGUAAAGAUGAAGAUUACUUCAAAAGAAACAAAAUCACAUUCAAGACAUUCCGAAUAUUUAUUAUUACCGGACAACAAUAAAAUGGUUCAGAUGUAUUGUGCUACUCUGUGUAAUAUGUCUGGUAUGUGUGAAUAUUUUAUGACUACUAAUAAAAAUCGGUGUCCACACGGAUGUACCUUACAAGCAUCUCAGUUAAUUAUUAAGUUAAAUAAAAAAAAAUCACAAACAAGUAUUGAUGAAGGUGCAGAAAUUACAAAAAAAAUAAAUGAAAAAAUUGCUAAAGCAGCCAAGGUAGAAUUGGAUUGGUCAAAUAAGUCUUUGGUUGAAAGGUAUAAAUAUUACAUGGCAUGUAUCUUCAAUUAUGAGGCACAUUUAAUGACAUUACAUCGUAGUUUUACUCAACUAGAACUAGCUAUAUUAAUCGAGUGUGAAGCAAAAAAAGAAUAUCUCAAGGCAAUGGACUUGACAAAUUCUUGUAACAAUCCAAAACCAUUUUUUAAACUCAACACAGAUGAAAAUUAUUUUCAUGCAUGGAAAUUUAGCUUUGAGAAAAACUACCGCCAAGAUCCAAGGUUUAAAAACACUAAUAUUGACAUUGGUCGUAUUGAAGUGAUCAAGGUUACAUCAAAUCCCAAGUAUUGGUCUCCUGAAGAUGUUUAUAGGUAUCUGUCUCAUGAUCCAUAUUGUAAGGAUAUUGGUCAAACUUUAAUAGAUAUGCAAGUAGAUGGUGUUGCUUUUAUGUUACUUAAUGAAGAACAGCUUUUAAAACGAAUACAAUGUUCAAUAAACUUAGCUUUAAGAAUAAUGUGUCAUGUUGCCGAGGCUAAAUUUGUUUUAUUGAAAGAAUACCAAAACUUGUAAUAUUAUUCACUUGAAUAAAGUGUUCAUUCCUAUGUGUUUUGGGUAGUACUGAUCUCAAUCCAUACUACAAAAGUCAUUGUAUUUUAUGUUGUAUAAAAAAUUGUAAUGUAUUGAAAACUAUAGGAUUACCGUAAAUUGAUAAACAUUAAGUGAAACGCUAAAUGUAAAUUUUUAUUUUUUAUAAUUAUUGUCUUGAUUUCUCUUACAACCUACUUAUACGUUUAUUGUUUUUAAUUACAUUUUCAAUUUUCUGUAG